CUUGACCAUGACCCGGUGAAGCAGAUUUGCAAGCACUUGUUCUCGAAAUCGCUCAAGGAAAAAAAUCUUAACAUCUAUAGAGCUCUACCGCUGCGCAACACUGACAAUUUCUCUGUUUUGCUUCUUGCCAGUGGUUUCUGUCGAUGGGAACGUUGCCAUCGAAAUACAGCCUCAGUAACUAAAUGGCUUCACGUUCAACGCCUGUGCAGACAGUCGGCAAAGGCUACAGCACUUUCCCUCAACUUAAUCCGUGAUUUUCUCACAAUAACAUCUCAAUUCUAAACACUGAUGCUAUCAUGGUUCUAACGACUGUCGCCUCUUCCUGAUCCCGAUUAUCCGCUCUAUACAUUGUUCACUUGCAUCCUCUGCUCUCACGAUCUUCUCGUAUUGGCCGAUUCGUUUGAGACAAUCAGAACGUUUCAGUGCUGCGCUUUUCCUACAAUGGUAAAGCACAUGUAAUUUUAGCACGUCGGGACUCGGCUGAUGGCUAAUAUUUAUGCUGAUGGACCAAGCGGUUUAUAAUACCACCGUAUCAACCGUCACUACGUUCUUUGUCUACCACCACCACCACCACUGUCUCUUUCUUUCUUUGCCUCUGCGAGGUCUAUUUCUUUCAAGUCUUCGCCUUUCCAUCAUGCUGGCAUUUUCACUCGUUUUCGCCCUUCUCUUCGCUUUCAAAGGCGUCCUCUCUCACCAAUUCUACGACCUGGCGUCUCCACAUCUCUCCCUAGUCGCUCGUCAAGCGACCAAGAACCUCACCGACCUCCCAGAAUCCUCAAUCCCCUCGGCAUGUUCCGCGAACUGCACUCAAGACGUGCUCAAGUAUCUAAGCAACUGUUCCACGAGUGCAUGCAUGUGCAACGAUCAGACGGAUCAAUCGAUCACAUCCUGCGUGGACUGCGUAGUCGCCCAAGGAAACAUCUCUACUGACAUCGGCAAAGCUAAUAUGGUUCUAACUUGUUCCAAGUUUGGUGUUACCCUUGCUAGCGACAACUGUGUUGUAUUAGCUGCCACGGUAUUGUCCUGUGGUUUUCUAGGUGGAAGGAAGCGACUGGUUCCCUUUUAUUGAUCAUAAUACUGACAACGCUGGUGCGCUGGUGGAAUACAAAGAUUUCUCAGGAAAACAUCGUCUGUAUCAUUAUCUUCAACUUUCCCCAUUGAUGCUACCACCCUCAAAGCAUCGCAAUCCGAUUCUACAGUGACACAAAUUUGCAACUUUAAGCCUGCGCAACUGCCCCCUUGGAGUUGUGACAGCACAACCUCAUAGGUGGGAAUAGGAGCCUGCCUUAAGCUUGAUCC